AUGAAGCUUCCAAGCAUCCUCUUCGCCGCCCUCACCCUCGCCCCCUCUGCACUCUGCAGCACCCUCGCAUCUGGCAAAUUCCAAGCACUCUCCCUGUACCAAAUCUACCGUAUCCAGGUCCAAGCUUAUGGCCUCGGCCAAACCACACUCGCUCGCGGUUGCCACACAUCCAACGCCACCGCGUGUGACGUUGAAAGCUUUAUCAAGCACGUCGUCAGGGUGAAAAAGAUACCUCGCAAAGGGCCUGACGGCAAGGUCCCCAAAGGCAAGCCCAAGGAAUUUGACACUAAACCCGACUGGUCCAAGACAGAAUGGUCCAAAAUCGGCGACAAUCCCACCGACCUCGCCGAGUAUGCACGCCAAAUCGACCUGUCUGGUUUCAGCGGCGUUGUCGAUUUCUUCAAGCUCUUCCAGAACGGCAACGUAACAGAAAUCCUUGAGGAGAUCCGGGACCGCGCUAUGGAUACUCUGCAAGACAUAGCUGAUGAUCAGCUGCACAAGGCCCGCGAGAAGCUCAAGGCAAUGGGCAAGGAGAUUGCCGGAGAUCGCCUGACGAGAGUCCAGGACGCCAUGGGCGCACAGGCUGAUGCUAGACGGGCUGCUGGUGCUAACGGUGUCAAUGAGGCGUUUGAGUCGCAUAUGAAGCCAAAGGGAUUCGAGGUCAUCACGGCCGAGGAGGCGCGCAACGGAUUCAAGUUCAAGACCAUCGAUACAGAAGGUAUGCUGCGAAAGGGCAAGGUCGACGUGCGGAAGUUCACAGAAGAAGUCAAGGGUUUCUUUACAAAAUUCAAUGGCGCAGGGAAAGCUGCUGGGCAUUUGAGCGCCAUCAUCAAAACGCAACAUAGCCUAGACACCAUUGUCAGGGCAUGUGGACUGUAGCGGCAUUUAUUUUGGUUGCAAGGAGAGCAUAUGGGUUGAAGAAGGAAUGGUUAACGAAAAACAAUAACUAG